UUACUUAGACACAAGUAAACAAAUAAGAAAGUUAUCCCUCCAUUUUUUUUUGUUGCUGUCUCUUAGUGUUUGUGUUUUGAACCAUGACGCUCUUAUCCUCUCACCUCCUUCUAUUCUCCGCCGUGCACCGACGAACGCCGCCGCCGUGCACCACCCUCUUCCGUUGGAACAAGCCAACAAUAAUAGACGGCACCGUCCGUUUUCUGCGUUCUCCUGUCAUGCCAGGUGUCGUUUUGGAUCAAAGGGUGUCGCGGUUUGUUGUCCCCGCCGCAGCAGAAGAUCUGCUCUACAAUGCCGGGGCCACCGUUGGUGUUCUCGGCGGCGCGUACGCCCUCGUACGUGCCUUUGAUGAACUCACGCGGAGGAACAUCCUCCAUCAGGGUCUGAGCAGAAAGCUGGUGCAUAUAUUGUCUGGGUUGCUUUUUCUGGUUUCUUGGCCUAUUUUCAGCAACUCCCCUAAGGCUCGCUACUUUGCCGCUUUUGUACCUCUCGUCAAUUGCUUGAGGCUUUUGGUGAAUGGCCUGUCAUUGGCUUCUGAUGAGGGACUCAUCAAAUCAUUGACCAGAGAAGGAGAUCCACAAGAAUUGCUAAGGGGUCCUCUUUAUUAUGUUUUGAUUUUGAUCUUUUGUGCUCUUGUGUUCUGGCGUGAGUCUCCAGUUGGUGUGGUCUCGUUGGGAAUGAUGUGUGGAGGGGACGGUGUAGCUGAUAUCAUCGGUAGAAAAUAUGGGUCCAUGAAGAUUCCUUACAAUCAAAACAAGAGUUGGGCCGGUAGCAUAUCUAUGCUUGUUUUUGGAUUCUUGGUUUCAAUUGGGAUACUGUGCUACUAUUCAGUUUUAGGACACGUGCAGUUGGAUUGGGCAAGUACUGUGCCCAGAGUUGCUUUUAUUUCUUUCGUGGCAACAAUUGUGGAGUCCCUUCCCAUUACUGAGAUAGUAGAUGACAACAUCUCUGUUCCACUAGUUACAAUGGCAGUGGCAUUUUUAACUUUUCACUAACUCUUGAAGCCUACUGGCUUAGAUCCCCAGAAAAGUCAUACGUAUCUUCUCUAUUCAAAAUUUUCUUACAGUGCGGCAAUACGAAAUUAUCUCUAGUUUGUUCAUCGUAGAGGAAUUGUUAAAAAAAGUUACUCAAAAUCAUUGUCGAGAAUAGCUAUAACUAUUCUGUUGUGUUGAUGUCUUAAUUAACACUCUGCAUAUCUAUUUUUAUUUGAA